AUGCACGACAAGUGGCAAGCUGCCGCGAACACGCAGACCACCCAUUCUCUCAUUGGUGUCUUCCCAGCGCUCCAAGGGCAGGAUUGCACCUCCAGACGGGAUUACCGUACCGGUGAGGAUCCGAACAGGCGGCUACAGGUCGCUACCCUAUGGGCUGCAAACGAUUCGUCGUUGAUCGAGCAUGACGCGAGUGAGGGGUCCAGCGGCUUUUAA